UUUUUUUUUUUUUCCCCUCGUCUUCUGUUUUCUCUGGUUUGAUUGAUCCGGGUCACCUCAAGGAGCUGACUUUACGGUCUCUGGCUAGCUCUCGUGGGCUCUUUCUUCGUUUUGUCGAGCUGGGUCUCUCGCUAAUCUCGCCGUCUCUGACCCGAAGAGGGGGGUUUUUUUUUUUUUUCGUGGGUUUUGCCCCGAUAUGUUUAGCAUGUGAUGAUGAGGAAGGUCGAGUUCUUCUGGGUCUACCUUUAUGUCACGUGAAUUGAGCCCCCAUCGAGUUGCUUAUGGAGGAAAUCUUGAGCUUAGAUUGAUUCCUCGCGGGUGGGUCUCGGUGGAAUUAGAUGGCAUUUUACCAACCGGUGCCUGGUUCUCCGUUCGCUGGUUUUGGGGACACGACUUAUACGAAGGUGUUUGUGGGAGGGCUGGCAUGGGAGACUCAGAGUGAUACUUUGAUGCGCUACUUUGAGCAGUUUGGGGACAUUCUUGAGGCUGUUGUUAUCACUGACAAGAACACCGGCCGAUCCAAAGGCUAUGGAUUUGUGACAUUCCGCGAUCCUGAAUCUGCGAGAAGAGCUUGUGAAAAUGCCAGCCCUGUUAUCGAUGGCAGAAGGGCUAAUUGCAAUUUGGCUUCUCUUGGCCGGCCUCGGCCACCUCUUCCUUAUGGGCGAUUGAGACCUGGACCACCUCUGAUUGGAAGUGUGCAGACUCCCAGGGGGAGUUACGUGGGGAACCCUGUCUACCACCAUCCAAAUUCUUAUGGUUAUCAGCCAGGAUAUGUCUAUCCUCCUUAUGGGUACACUACAUAUGGGCCUGAAUAUGUCUAUCCACAGGGCGUCUAUAAUCCUUACAUGGCCCAGCAUUACCUACAAAUGUAUGGGGCACCAUCCGCAGACAGCAGUGAUGUAUACUCAUUUGGGCAAUCAGGUCAUCUACCUCCUGGUAAUCAUGGGUAUACGAUGCUCCGUGGUUAUCGGAUGCCAGGUCAGCAUAUUAUGCAACUUGGGGGACCGAAUAUAACUGGAGGAACUACUGCUGCAGUUCCCACCAUUCAAGUGCCUUACCCUACUGGUAUAGUAGCACCUGCUCCUGGACAGACCCAGAUGAGACUACCAACUCAUCCUCCUCAGUUCACUAACACUUCUGAUCAAACAUCUGGUUGAGGGGGAGAUCAAAGAGUCAAAAUGUCAGGUAAUCCUUAGAUUGCAGCAGGACUAAGAGCAGCAGCUCUGCUACUUGAGUGGCAAGCUUCAAAUCUAGCCUUGCAAGUUGUCAUAUUUGCAUUCUAGAGGUACCUUUGUCAUAUCCACCAAAAUUCCCCCAAAGUCAGUUGUAAGAUGUUUCGAGUCAGUGAAAGAGCAAAGGGUUGCUUUUUCAUCUGCGUCUGUCAUGGGCUGAAGCCAGCGGCAGAGCAAGAUCGAUGUUUUUGCCGGAACAUAAUGUCCGGCAAUACCAUGUAAAUAAUGUAAAUUUGUAAAUACUGUACCAAAGAAUCAAGAUAUGAUUCUUUAAUUGUGUGAACCCUAGGCAUGGGUUCUUCGUCAAUUCUUAGCUUGUAUGAUAUCUCCAAUGACUUUGUUAAUAAAAAUUCCAUCAUUUCUGACUCAAAAA